GAGCACAUCUAAACAUUCUUCGCUUUCCCCACUCAUCUCGCUGAGCGAUGCUGGGUGGGGAGCUUUAGGGUGCAUCGCCUCACACCGGAAGGCUGGCGACUGCACCAAUGGACCUUGCGACUGCGCAGAAGGUCCUGCAGGAAUUCCUCAUCAGGCAGGAAGGCUCCACCUUGCGAGCAUGGAUACACAAACUGGAUCCAGACCAUGAGCACCGGAUCACGGAGAUGUAUUUUUUGAGAUAUCUACGAGAAAAUCAGUUUCCCUUUGAUGCGAACCAGCUGUACCACACUUUGGACAGUGAUGGUUCAGGGGAAGUCACCUUCGAAGAGAUCGAUCCUGCAGGUGAUGAGCUUUGGGAGAGGUUCCGCGCCUGGGCUUGUGAACAAUACCCGCAGGGCGCAGAGGACUGCUUGCAGCGGAUGUCACGGCAAAACGAAUUGAAGGUGGAUGACAUCAAGAUUGAUCUUUUCCACUUCGAGGCAGACUUGGUCGAAAAACAUUGGACGACCGGCCAAGAGGAGAGCCUUUUCAAAGCCCUCAGUGCUAGCCAAGAGCGCUUGGUGAUCGGCGACAUGAGGUGGUUGAACUUGGAGCUGCGCCGCCUAAAGAAGAAGCUGAAGGCGAAGGAGCAGGCAAACCUGGAAACAAGAGCGUUGGCCAAGAAGCAGUCCAAGGACCCGCGUGAGAACCUAGCAGACUUCAAGCGCUUCUUGCGCCAGAAGCAUGGUGGAAGCUUGAUCCGAGCAUGGCGGAUGUCUCUAACCGAAGGUGAUGCAAUGCUGCUGCACAAGGGUGCAUUCUUCAAGGCUUGUGUGAACAUCAAAUGGCGAACAGAUGUCAAGGGGCUGUGGGAGCAGUUGGACAGAGACAACAGCGGCACCAUUGGCAUCGAGGAAUUGGACUUCCGUGCUGCUGAAGAGCUGGCACUCUUCCGUCAGUUUGUGAUAAACAAGUUCCAAAAUGCGACACAGACCUUUGCAGCCUUAGAUCUUGAUGGGAACAAGAAUGUGAGUGAAGGCGAGUUUAUGCAGGCUCUCAAGGAGUUUGGAUAUGAGAAUCGGGACAGGAUCAUUUUCCAAGCGCUUGACAAGCAUGGCAAGAAGAAGAUCAACCUCGAGGACAUGACCUUUCUUGACCACUGGAAGCCAAUGGAAUACCUGUUGGCCUCUGCAAACCAGGAAGCAGCAAAUGCUUUCAAGAACAAGUUGCGAACUCGUUUUGGCAGCUAUUUGCGUGGCUGGAAGCUAUUGUUGGAUGUGGACGGCAGCAAUACAUGCAACUGGGAGGAAUUCCGCCAAGCAUGCAAAAGACUAGGCUUCAAGCAGGAUGUGGCUGGAUGCUGGCGAGCACUGGAUUCAACCAUGUCAGGAACGAUCUCUCUAUCCAACAUAGAUCCGGCAUCGAGCUCCAUCUUGCAAGACUUCCGGACCUGGGCAAAGAGGGAGUUCGGCAGCGUGAAGUCCAUGUUUUCGGUCUUUGAUGAGGACAAUUCCAAGUCCCUCUCCUUAAAGGAGUUCAAGCGUUCUUGUCGUAUUUAUGGCUUUUGUGGGCAUCUGAAGUCGCUCUUCAAUAUUUUGGAAUCCACUGGCUCGGGUGGGCUGACGAUGGACGAAGUGGUCUUCCUGGACCGAUGGGCCAAUCAGACCGUCGAGAUCAUGGAUGACUGCAACAGCAAGAAUGACACCAUGACCCACCUACCAUCGAUUCCAGAUGGACCUGAGCCUGGUGGUGAAAUUGCCAAUUUGGGAGGCGCCAAAUGCGUGGCACAAUCUCUGGAGGAGGCAGGAAUUUGGAAGGAAGGAGACCUACAUCCAGCCUUCAAGUCCUGGGCCAAUCGACGUCGGCGCCGACCUGUGAAGAAGCAGGAUGGCAGUUUGCCGGCCCUGGCAUCUCAAGUCGAUUUGGGGGCUGAGUGCCUCGCUCGUCGACCCAUUUUGUUGCUGGCUUACGUGCCAGAGGAGGGCAAGUUUAGGACCAGAGUCUCCGGCGCGAAAGCGAGGGCCUCGAAAGGUGGAAAUGAGCGCCGAAGCGAGGUCCCAGGAGCCGAAGAAGUCCCAGCAGCCUGACAUGACUUGCGCUUGUGGAGGGGAGAGAGAAAACAGAGC